AAUUUCCAGUCAAGCUGGAAAUACCAUGAAAAAAAGACAUCUUGGUAGUAUUUUGGCACUUCCUAUUCCAAUUGCAAGUGCCAUCCUGAAAUGCAGAGGCCACACAAAUCAGAAACAAUGGAGGAGAAAAAAAUACCGAAACUGCCAAAAGGUCCAGUUCAGGUUUGGUUUCCAAAAUGGGCGGAGAUUCUAGGGCAUGGCAUUGAGGCCCAUAGCUGGGCAUUAUAGUUUUAUCCACAUUAAGAACAUAAGAACGGCCCUACUGGGUCAGACCAAUGGUCCACCUAGCCCAGUAUCCUGUCUCCUGACAGUGGCCAAUGCCAGGUGCCGCAGAGGGAAUGAACAGACCAGGGAAUCAUCAAGUGAUCCAUCCCCUGUCGCCCAUUCCCAGCUCCUGGCAGACAGAAGAACAAUAUAAGUUGGUGUGCCUACCCCUAGACAAAUCUGAAUUAUUGUGCAAAGGUGUCUCUUGCUGCAUCUUCUCUCACCAAAGCGACUCUCCUGUCCUCCUGCUGGAUAAAAAGGGAGGUUCCUUUGUCAUUUUGCUCACCUACUGCCUUGCUCCCCGGCUCCAGAGUACGAAUCCCCGCUCUUCCUGGAUUGCUGCGGACUGAUUCGGCAGGUGGUGCAUGACUUAAAAUCGGAAUUUGGCUUUUGCAUGGGUCCAGGAAACCAGGCGUAUCAGUAUGACACACUCCCCAUCACUCUGCCCAGUGAGGAGCACAUGAAGCCGGGAGACCUCAUCUUCAUUUCAGGAACGUACUUCGACACAGAACCCACUGCCCAGAACACAAGUGGGCUUCGGUUAGAGAGCUUCCCGGCAAGAAGUCUGUCUUCUAUCCUGAGACUGUACAACAGGAGCCUGCUGACGAUGAUGGAGAUGGCAUGGAAAAGGAAGGCAAGAUGCAACUGAAAAAUGAAGAGACAGCUCCCAGAUCCCAAGGCAUGGCUCAGGACAUAAUGAGCAGGACCAGAUUGAGGGAGACCACCCAUAUAAUUGCUGUGGAUUUACAGGGCAUCCCAAGAACUGGGUCUAAUGUUACCAGAGAGGAUGAAAUAGAAAGGGGAUUAGAUACAGAAGCUAGUGAAAACAGGGGACAGUCAGCAGCGAGCAGGCUGCUGGAGACUAAUCUUACUAAACCGGACUUGGAAAGCAGUAACUGUGCACUCCCGGAUGGAAAUUUGGGUCAGAAUAAAGGUUCUGAGGAAGCCCAAGAACCAAAGACAGCAACAAAAGUCACAUCUAAGGCCAGCCAAGAAAACAAUAGGAAGGAGAACAGUAUAGAUCUCAAGCCUUCCCAGAUCAUCCAUGAUUCUGGUGUAAUUGCUGAAAAUGCCCCUUCAAACUCCAAAUUAAAUUCCAAGGGGACAUUAGCAACUAGCAAGAGGAAAAAGGUAACCAAGUCAAUGACAAAAGAAGGAGAUAAGCAGCUGGUUGGAUCCUCAUCAGCUGAUACAGUUGCUUCCAGCGCAUCUGAAGUGGAGCUGGUGGAUGAAGCCAAGUCCAAAGGGAAUAAAACAAAUCACAAAACAGCCCCUGAAGUAGAUCAGCCGGAAGACAAGAAGCCGGAGGACCCUCAGUCGCCGGGGCCAUUCUUUUACAUUGGCGGUGCUAAUGGGGCUGGACUGGUGAGCAUCUACUGCAGGAGCAAAGGCUGGCAGCGUAUCCAUGACAACAAAAGGGAGGAUUACAAACUGAAAUGGUGCGAGACCAAGAGCCGAGAGACCUAUUACAACUUCAAAGAAGGUGAACAGCUUCUCUACCAGAUCCCCAACAAUAAGGUCCUCACUACUAAGAUUGGCCUUUUGAGCAACCUGAGGGAGUAUGAGCGGGUGAUGAACAAGAUCAGCAAGAACUUGAAUGCCAAGGUACUGAAGAUGGAAGACUUCUUCCCAGAAUCCUUUCGGCUGGACAUAAAAGAUGAGAGAGAAGCUUUCUUUGAACUUUACAAAGACACACAGAUUUGGAUCUGCAAACCCACCUGCUCCAACCAAGGGCGAGGAAUUUUCCUGCUUAAAAAUCAAGCAGGUGUCCACUCGCUUCAGGCCAAGCUCCAGAGCAUCAAAGAAGAUCCUCUGUACAAGAAGGUGCCGUACAAAGCUCCCCAGGCAAGAAUAGUGCAAAGGUAUAUCGAAAAGCCUCUGCUCCUAGAGGGGAAGAAGUUUGAUGUCCGUUCUUACCUCCUCAUUGCCUGCACGGUGCCUUACGUAGUAUUUUUCGGCCAUGGCUAUGUCCGACUUACCUGCACCCACUACGAUGCCACUUCUGAUGACCUCACUGCUCAUCUGACCAAUCAGUACAUGCAGAAGAAAAACCCCCUGUACAGUCAGCUGAAGGAGGAGACGGUGUGGCGGAUGGAGCGCUUUAACAGCUACGUUAAUGAUAAAUUCAGGCAAGCCAAGGGCCUCCCCAAGGACUGGGUCUUCACCGUGUUCACUAAGAGAAUGCAGCAGAUCAUGUUGCAAUGCUUCCUGGCUGUCAAAUCCAAGCUGGAAUGUAAACUGGGCUACUUUGAUCUCAUUGGCUGUGAUUUCUUGAUUGACGAAGACUUUAAGGUCUGGCUCCUGGAGAUGAACGCAAACCCUGCGUUGCACACCAACUGUGCAGUGCUGCAGGACAUCAUCCCCACUGUGGUCAAUGGGACUCUGGAUUUGGCUCUUGAGAUUUUCAACAAGAGUUUGAAAGGCCAGAGGAUUUUGCCUUUGCAGACACAGUGUCAUUUUGUGCUGCUCCAUAAUGGGGGUACAUCUGAAGCUGGACUGAGACCCUCAAAGACCAGGAACGCCCUGGGUAUCUCUAGGAACCAAAGGUCACUGACGGAAAGCACCAGCCACCUCGCUCGGCAUCCUCCCAAAGCAUCAGAGAAGCCUCCAAAGAAACCAAGUGGUCCUGGAGAAAACACCAUCUCCACUCCUCAGAAGGUUUCCCAGAAAACUGUCUUAAAUAUGCCCCAGGUGCAGAACACUGAUAUACGCAGCGCCUACGCCUGCCAUCCUUUCAAACCCACAGUCCAAAGCGGCCAGGUGAGCAGUGCUUGCAGCCAGUACAUUAUCAAGCCUGUGGUAGUCUCAGAGGAAGGUAGCCUGGCAAAGCUCAGCACAGACGAUGGCUCAGAGAAGGACAUGGCCAGCACUAUUGUUCCCACAGCUGCUGCUUCAAAAGAGACCGCCUAUGGCAUGUGGUUACAGCAGACCUUUGGGAUUAAAUCUCCCACAUCCCCUAAAGAAGACCUGGCCUUCACCAGCUCCCAGAUGGUCUUUCUGCACCUCCACUCCAAGGUCUCAGGUGGCCUGCCUUGCUGGGAAGGCCACUCCAAGUCACUCUACCAACCCCCGAUCCACCCCACAGCCCAGGAAACACCAUUGAUCAAUGACAGCAAAGCAGCUGCUGCAUCCCAGUGCACCGAGCCACCUCCAGAUGAUCAGAAAAAGGUGUCCCAUCGCGGGUCUUAGACUGAGAUCACUGUGUGUUGAAUACAUGAUGCUUUCCCAUGAGGAACAUAAAAAAAAAACACAUUCUAUGUAUCUGUGACGUAUCUAAGCAUUUUUUGGAAACGGUCACUGACUUUUAAAAGCUAUUUUGUUAUUUUAGAAGAAAGAGAGAGAUGAUUGUGCAAUACACUGGCUACUGACCACCAAUGUAACACCCCCCCGCCACCAUCAAUCCAGUUCACUCCCCUCCUCCUGCACACAGCUGUCAAUUUAGAAAGACCAUUGCACUUUGUUUUUUGUUUUUUUAAAUCAUAGCCUUAUCCUGUAAAUCUAUGGAAUGAGACUGAAACCACAGAGUGUGAUGUCCUCUUCCAGAGUGUUUCUUUUAAUGGCAGCUGAGCAGACUCAGUUAUACCCACGUAUGCCAUUGUGUGU